CAGCGACUUCUGGGAAGAUCAUGAGAAAGUGAAGUCGGGCUAAUGGACCCCAGUUCCUCUCCUUCCCUUUUGGCAGCCCUUCAUGGUAACACAAAAGGUCUCCCUGGCGUGUGUGAGUCUCCUCCCUGGUGAGCAGCUCAGCCCAGUGCCACCCCCAGGCUCCGAGUGCUUUGAGGAGAGCCCACUGGAUUCCUGCUAGGAGAGCCCUGAGCCACAGGCACAGCGAACCUGCCCAGCUCAUCACCAAACCUCCUUUGGAGCAGCUGCCAGAGGGGCUGAAUUCCCUGUUUCCUGCUGUGCUGCCCAGAUCCUGCUCCAUGUGGGCCAAGGCUGGAGGAAAGCUGUGUCUCCGUGGCUCUGCGUGAGAUCCUCGCCCCGCACGCCCAGCCUCUCCUGCUCCUGACCUGCCAUCACCACCCGCCAGAUGUGCAAGUGGCUGCUAAGAGCUCCCCUCCCCGAGCACAGGUGCUCUCUUUCAAGAAAAAAAAUGGUGAACUUGGAAACCAGCUGGAGAUUGCAAAGUCUCCUUUGCCUUGAGGCUGGUGGUCAAUGGUCAUCCUCUACCACACCCAUGGAAAGCAGAAGAGCUCCACUCUAACUUCUGUAAGGUCUCCUUCACUAUGGAAGAUCAAAUGAUUUUCUGGCUCAGGUUUUGUGAUGUUCGGCAUCUGCCUUGGACCUGGAGUUUGGAAAAGGGAUCGUCCCUGAGGCACGGCUAAGAGACAGAGCAACCAGCCCCAGACAAUGAGCACUUUAAGUAGCACUGGAAUAUUGCUCAGCUUAACAACAGUGUCUGUUACACUGGAUUUUAGUUUGCAUGGUGGUCUGAUGGCUUGGUCCUUAAGCAGCAAUUUGACUCUGAACCAGAGUUUGCCUACAUCUGAUCCUCUCAACACCUCUGAGAAGGGCGAAGUCUCUCGGAUGUCCGUGAGGGAGAAGAAUUGGCCGGCCCUCCUGAUCCUGGUUGUCAUCCUGCUGACCAUUGGGGGGAACAUAUUGGUAAUUAUGGCUGUGUCCUUGGAGAAGAAGUUGCAGAAUGCCACAAACUUCUUCCUGAUGUCGCUGGCAGUAGCAGACAUGCUGGUGGGUAUCCUGGUCAUGCCCGUGUCGCUCAUUGCAGUCCUGUACGGGAUAUCUAUGCCUAUUCCGGUCAUUGGUUUGCAGGAUGACUCCCGGGUGUUUGUAAACGGGACCUGCGUCCUUAACGACGAGAACUUCGUCCUCAUUGGAUCCUUCAUGGCUUUCUUCAUCCCUCUCAUCAUCAUGGUGAUCACGUACUGCCUGACUGUCCAGGUGCUGCAGAGACAGGCCACGGUGUUCAUGUGUGGAGAAGUGCCCAAGCAGAGGAGGAGCAGCGUGAACUGCCUCAAGAAGGAAAACAACACAGAGAACAUUUCAAUGCUUCACAAUCACGAGGGGGCCUCCCACUUGAACUCACCUGUAAAUAAGGAGGCGGUGCUUUUCCGGAAAGGAACGAUGCAGUCCAUCAACAACGAGCGAAGAGCCUCCAAGGUCCUGGGCAUCGUCUUCUUUUUGUUCCUCAUCAUGUGGUGCCCGUUUUUCAUCACUAAUGUCAUGUCUGUCCUUUGCAAGGAAGCCUGUGAUAAAGACCUGUUGAGUGAGCUCCUGGACGUGUUUGUUUGGGUGGGGUACGUGUGCUCCGGGGUCAAUCCCCUGGUGUACACCCUCUUCAACAAAACCUACCGCAGGGCUUUCUCCAAUUACAUCCGCUGCCAAUACAGGCCUGGGAAAAAAUCAGCACUGCGGCAGAACCAGUGUCUGAACGUGGCUUCAACAGCUUUGUAUGGGAAAGACCUGACUUUAACCAGUUAUCGAAAUGGCAAUGAGUUCAAUAGCAUGGAACUAGAUGAAGCUGAGGAGGGCCUUGAGAUGCAACCAGGGACUUCAGAGCUCUCCAUAAACAGCUGUAAUGUUGUAAGUGAACGAGUGAGCUGUGUGUAAAAGUGACUCAUAGACCUUUGCUACAGUGCAUCUGUAGCCAAAAUAUAUUGUGUAAAAAUGUAAGUGUCAGUCAAAGGACUGUGUAAAUAUUGCAUUCUGAACAAAGCUUUUGGUUUUUUUUAAAGAGAAAAAAGAGUUGUCUUUCCAGUCCAGUACUUAAAAUAAUAUAUAUUAAUAUACUGCAGUGA